UUUUUCAUUGCUUUAUUCAAUAGUUAAAAAUACCAAAAGAAGCCAGCAUGCAGUCAUUGAAAAUAUUUUAUUUUUGCGCUUUAUUAAUUUUAAGUUGCUUAAGUUUCGCAAAUGCUCGACCACUGCAAGAAGAAGUGCAACGCCGAAUCGUACAGCCCACUUGGCUCGCGGACAAUAAUCGCGCAGAAUUUCCAUCCGAUGGCAAAGUGCGCAUUACGCCAGAGAAUCUUCGCGAGACAGCUGAGUGGCGUGCAAUCAUACAAAAGGCAGUUAAUGAGGGGCGUUACGCGGUGGACUUAGAUCACGAUCUAUCAGAAUUUAAUCCGGAAGAGUAUUUCCGAUCGCAACCCUUUCCACAACCGCCGCCACAAUUCGGUCCAUCGCCUUUAGCGCCCUUUAAUCCUCCUUGGCUACCUUUGGCACCGCCGCCGCAACCCUUUCCACAGCCGCCGACACAAUUUGGUCCACCGCCU